GGAAGCUCCGAGACGACAGAUGUCGAGAAGCUCAGAUUCAGUCUGAAAAGACGAGUCACGCAUGCUGAUCGGCUUUCUCACUGAUCUUUUUGCAUCGACAUUUCUGCAUCUCUCUAGAUGAAACUAGAUUAAACUAGUUUUUUUGGGGUCAGGUGAUGGCCGAGACGGGGCACCAGAACCACGCUGACCUUCCCGAGCGUCUCUGGAAGACGGUGACACGACCUGAAGGUUCUGAAGAAAAGGAGAAGGUCCAGACUUCGGCUUGAGCAUGAGGUUGAUUCUGUUGAGCCUGAGGGUGCUGUGUUUGGCCUGCUUGUGGCCCGUCACGCUGCUUAACCACCGCCACCCAAACCGCAGGAAGAACAAGGACGUGUACCUGGGAGAACACGCCAAGAACAAACACCUGGGCCGGAUUGACUACAGGCUAAAAAAGCAGGACAGCACCAAGUCGCUCCUGAUCAAAACCGAGCAGCUGCUGAGGAUCGAGGAACACGACUUUGCCAUGCGACCGGGAUUCGGAGGCUCUGCCAUUCCCGUGGGCAUCGACGUACAGGUGGAGAGUUUAGACAGCAUCUCAGAGGUCAACAUGGACUUCACCAUGACUCUCUACCUGAGGCACUACUGGAAAGACGAGCGUCUGGCUUUUCCCUCUCUUAACAACCUGAGCCGCACGUUCGACGCCCGGCUGGUGAAGAAGAUCUGGGUGCCUGAUGUCUUCUUUGUCCACUCAAAGCGCUCGUUCAUUCAUGACACCACCAUGGAGAACAUCAUGCUGAGGGUUUACCCAGACGGCAACGUUCUUUAUAGCGUCAGGAUAACAGUGACGGCUCAGUGCUCCAUGGACUUCAGCAGUUUUCCUCUGGACACUCAGAACUGUUCUCUGGAGCUGGAGAGCUAUGCUUAUAAUGAAAACGACCUCAUGCUGUACUGGAAGAACGGAAACGACUCUCUAAGAACCGAUGAGAUUGUUCUCUCGCAGUUCUUUAUAGAAGAGUUUAACCCUUCCAAUGGCCUGGCUUUCUACAGCAGUACCGGCUGGUACAACAGACUCUACAUCAACUUCAUCCUCAGGAGACACAUUUUCUUCUUCAUGCUGCAGACCUACUUUCCGACAAUGUUAAUGGUCGUGCUCUCCUGGGUGUCCUUUUGGAUCGACAGACGGGCGGUGCCUGCUCGCGUCUCACUCGGAAUCACCACCGUCUUGACCAUGUCGACCAUCAUCACGGGCGUGUCGGCAUCCAUGCCCCAGGUGUCCUAUGUAAAAGCGGUGGAUAUCUACCUGUGGGUCAGCUUCCUGUUUGUCUUCCUGUCGGUCAUCGAGUACGCUGCUGUUAACUACUUCACCACUGUGGAAGAAAUGAAGAAGAUGAAGAAGGGAAAGCUCUCCAGAUUCGACGCUUCCCAGGCCAUGGCCUUCGAUGGCUGUUUCCAUGACAACGAUAUCGAGCUCAGCACCUUCCCUCAGCUGACAGACCUCGGCGUGGAACCUCCCGUGUCCUCGCAGAACUCCAGCGUACCCGAGGCUCCUCCUGCACUGGGCACACGACUGCGGAAAACACAGCCUCUGUGCUUCCACCUCCAGCUGCUCAUGAGCAACAGCUACAUGAUCGACUCGUACUCCAGGAUCCUGUUUCCUCUCGCCUACCUCACCUUUAACAUCAUCUACUGGAGCAUCUACACCUGAUCCUCAAACAGAACCUGAAAUCAGGAGAAAAACUGAUCAGGAUGCUUCUUUCACACAAAUGUGAAUCAUGAUGAUUAGUUUAUGUCAGAAUAGUCUUGUGACAUCAUGUGAGUUCAUGGAAGGAGUCUCCAGUGUCACUAUUACUUAAUUUUUCUGACAUCUUCAGGACAAAGGAGUUUAUUUUCCUCAAUAUUGAUUGUUAAUGUAGUUAACAUCAGUUAAAAUGGUCCUUGUUUAUCAAAGCAAAUAUAUGUUUUAAAAAUACAUAUAAUUAGUAAAAAUGGUCUACAAUGGGUCUUAGUUGAAGUAGGACUUUGAGAG